UAAUGGAUCUUUUCCAAAUCUCUUUGCUUUAAUCAUCCAGGAUUCCAAAGAGUCGUCUCUUCUGGAGAGUAACAAGAAAAGGAAAGGCAGGUUAAAGAGCAGAGGAAGCAAAAGGAAGAAAGAAGAUCUUCAGGAAGUAGAUGGAGAAAUAGAAGCCGUCCUGCAAAAGAAAGCUCAAGCCAGGGGGCUAGACUUCCAGACCUCCAGCGUGAAGUUUGAAGAUGUGGGAGGCAAUGACGUGACACUAAAGGAAGUCUGCAAGAUGCUCAUACACAUGCGUCACCCGGAGGUGUACCAGCACCUGGGCGUCACACCCCCUCGUGGAGUUCUCCUUCACGGACCGCCAGGCUGCGGGAAGACGUUACUUGCACAUGCAAUUGCUGGGGAACUUGACCUUCCAAUUCUCAAAGUAGCUGCUACAGAGAUUGUGUCUGGAGUAUCUGGAGAAUCUGAACAGAAGCUGAGAGAACUGUUUGAACAAGCUGUGUCAAAUGCUCCCUGUAUCCUUUUUAUUGAUGAAAUUGAUGCCAUUACCCCCAAAAGAGAAGUUGCUUCAAAAGAUAUGGAACGAAGAAUUGUAGCCCAGCUCCUAACCUGCAUGGAUGAUCUGAAUAAUGUGGCUGCUACAGCUCAGGUCCUAGUCAUUGGAGCUACUAAUCGGCCAGACUCGUUAGACCCUGCUUUGAGACGCGCAGGACGGUUCGACCAGGAAAUAUGCCUUGGUAUCCCCGAUGAAGCAUCCAGGGAAAGAAUACUUCAAACGCUGUGCAGAAAACUAAGACUUCCGGAAACGUUCCAUUUUCGUCACUUAGCACACCUCACGCCCGGCUUUGUUGGUGCAGAUCUGAUGGCACUCUGCCGGGAGGCAGCCAUGUGUGCAGUCAGCAGGGUCUUAAUGCGGCUGCAGGAUGCACAGAAGAAAGAGCCUGAGACGGAAGGUUUUCCAUGUGAAGGAGGCCAGGGAGAAAGGAUGGGAACUGAGCCCACUUACACAACACAGGUGCUUUCCAGACAGGAUGAAUUGCAGAGCCUGCUGAGGUUGCUAAGAAACCAGGAUCCCCUCUCGGAGGAGCAGCUGCAAGGACUGUGCAUUGAGAUGAAUGACUUCAUUGUCGCUCUGUCCUCAGUCCAGCCCUCUGCCAAAAGGGAAGGCUUUGUCACAGUCCCCAACGUGACAUGGGCAGAUGUUGGUGCCCUGGAAGACAUUCGAGAGGAGCUCACCAUGGCGAUAUUGGCACCAGUACGGAACCCAGAUCAGUUCCAAGCUCUCGGAUUGGUGACUCCGGCCGGAGUCCUCCUCGCCGGUCCUCCUGGCUGUGGGAAAACGCUGCUGGCGAAG